AUGAGAGGAGAAAUUGGUAAGGCCGAAAAGAAAGGACGAACAGAACAGGAGAUCUCGAGGAUCGAUGCCGACACUGCAGUCUUGGAGACAAAGCGAAAGGCCGAAAAGGCCAAGGUAGACUCUGAGCUCAUGAACCGUCAGACUGAGCUAGAUAACAGCGUUCGGCUUGCCAAAAUUGCAGCCCAACGUCAAGCAGAAGUUGAGUCCAAGCGUGCAGAAACAGAGCUCGAACGCCUACGAGACGUGAAAGCCACGAAGAGCAAGGUUGCACAAAAAUCUGCUCAAGAAAAUGCAGACGCUUCCUUCUAUACGGAACAGAAAGCCGCAGAUGUACAGCUUUACAGGCAAAAGAUGGAAGCCGAUGCGACCUAUUAUCGCCAGAGCAAAGAGGCAGACGCCGCUUUUUAUCAGCAGAAGCGCGAGGCAGAAGGAAUUCUAGAGAUAGCCAAAGCAUAUGGCGCGCUCGUCGAUGUUCUCGGUGGCCCUCAGGCUUUCCUGCAGUAUAGGAUGCUGGAGGCCGUCUCUUACGAAGUUGGCUCAGACAAAUGGUCUUGCUAUUCAAGGACUUUAUCCCAGGAUCACUACAUGGAACACUGGGAAUGGGUCCAGUUCCAGUGA